AUGGCUCAUAAUGCGACUAAUGAAACUUUUACCGGCAUCCCUAGCGGCAUCGUCUGGACCGUGCCGGCAUUAACGCGCUGCAGUAUGUGCGUAAUCCAGACGCUCCUUAAUUCGGCCAUGAUCAUCGCGUUCAUCGUUCGCCGGGAACUCCGUACCUCCUUCACCAUUUACUUGAUGUUCCUCUUCUGUGCCAACAUCAUCUAUGCCCUGGGCGAGUACCCACUGGAGGUGCUGCGCCAAGGUUUCCCAGGACGCUGGUUUCUGUCGCACGCCGCCUGCUCAUUCUACAUAUACCAAGUCUGGGUGUUCUGUCCGGUGGCCAUGCACAUGCACGUUCUGAUCACGCUGAACCGUCUCUGGGCGAUCUCGUUCCCGGUUUCAUACAAGAAUAUCCAUUCCGAGAAGGUGGCGGUGUUGAUGUGCGCGGGGAUGAUUGUGUACGUCCAUCUGGUGUGUUUGCCGUUAGUGGUGCUGGAUCUACUGUACUAUCAUUUGCCGGAAGAGCGCGCUGGGUGCUUGUUGAAUACUGUAGCGCAGAGUACAUAUACAACAGUGGUCGCCAUUGUCAGCACGGAUGUACCCAUUGUGGUGGUGGUUGGAGCGUAUCCGUUUCUGUGGUACAAACACUUGAAGAGAAAAAAGAUCGGCACAGCAAAACCGUCGCGGAUGGAAAUAACUCACGCUGCGGGUGCUGCAACCGGCGUUGUAUCGGUUAUCGAAACCAAGUCGGCAUUUAAGAGAAUCGAAGCGUCAUCCUCGCGUCCUUUUGUCGUGUUGACACUUUUGACAGUCAGCGUGCUGGUGUGCUGGACGCCGGAUCAGACGUCGUGGACCAUCGCUUGUUUCACGGCCGUCAACGAUUCUCCUGGUCUGCGUUACACAACCAGCGUCCUGUUUACCCUGCAAGCAGCACUCGAUCCUAUUCUGUUCGCCCUUUCCCUCAGAACCUUCCGGAAGAUGUUGUCACGGCUCAUCUGCUGCUGUAAAAGAGGAGGAAACGAUUCGCGGCAUGGGCUGAAAAUGAGUUUGACGCAAAGAGAUGAACAAUAA